AGAGAGGCACCUGUCCCAGGGAAGAGAGACCCUUGUCCAGACAGACCUGGAGCCCAUGCUGUUUGAAUUUGGCAGGUUCCCGAACUUGGGUGCCUGGGUCGCCCUGCAGGACGAGCUUCCCUUCCUGGCAGUUGUGAGGAGCGGCAGGCCCGGGAGAGCUGACGCUCUUGACGGCUAACGAGCGAUUACAGCGCGCGGUCCGGAGAGCUGCUUCGGGUAGAUGGGAGCACCGGGGACGUAUCCAGGCCCCCCCCACCCCCGGAGCAAAUUCUGCGUUUGGGUACAGGGACCCGCGCCCUCUUGGAUACUUUGCCUCGGCCACUGCCUUCAGUUGAAGGCCUUUAUUGCUGAGAAGGAACCUGGUUUCUCAGUGACCUGCCUGAAACCCUGGGCCCCUGUAGCCUGAGAAAUUGGAGUCUGUUCUGCGGUGCCAGGGGGGCCCCGACAGCCAGACCUGAGUCCCUGCUCAGCCUCCAGGGCCCUGGGAUCGGCAGGCGCGCCCGUGCUCGGUGGCCACGGGCUGCGUGGCGAGCUCACCGCUUACAUCAGCGGGGCUGGGAAGCUGACCUUGUUUCUGCUGGCAGCGGCAGCAGAGAGGGCCGUGGCGGAGUUGAGAAAUGUCUCCAUGUGCAUGUUUUUCUGAUUGUUGACAUUUGUGAGUUUACUUGAAGAGGAAAAAAAGGAGGAAGGCAGCAGAGCUGUCCGGGUUUUUGGCACGCAACCUGAGGUCCAGAACGAGGAGGGGCCCCAUUUCCCAGAGCUGUGGGGCAGCGUCCCAGAGAGUGGGGUGGCCGGGGCCUGAGGGGCCUGCAGGUGUGGGGCUGUUUGCCGGGGGGUCACUGCUCUCGAGGACGGGGACGCAGGCAGGUUGUGGGAGUGCCCAUCCCUUGGAGCUUUCCAGGGAGAGGAGCAGUGUUGGUCCGCAGGCUCUGGGGUGUGUCUGUCAACUCUCUCCAAGCCAAAGUCAUCCACUCUUAGGAUGAUAAACCUGUUGAUGAAUGACUUGUUUUCAGGCUGGUAUUGUCCGAGGUCAGCAGACAGAGAUGCACUUCCUGACCUGUGAGAGCUGAUGAGUCCACAUGGACAGAUGCUGGGGGCAGGAGUGGGGUCUGAAGGCUUGCUUUCAGUCCAACGGGGGCUUGGCCAGUGGCUCUGUGAGGAGCCCAAGGUUGCCUGAGAAUUGUGGUGAGAUGAGGGUGGGGGUGGGGUGGACUCGGGCUUCCUGUCCCUUCCCCGUGGGGCUGCUCCUAAUCCUGGAUGCAUGGUUCCUGUUGUUCCCCCCAUCAGAGCUCCAGUUGCUGCGGCCCCAGUGCUCAGACCCCAACUCCGAUCCCCCGUCCCCGGAUCCCUCAGUGCGCUGGGGACAGCUCCGGACGGCCGGUGGUACAGGCAGCGAGGUGGCGAGCGGUGCGGUGACCAGCCUGCCUGGGGCCAGCGUGACCCUGACCUGCCCGGGCGGGGAGCUGGGAGACGACGCCACCGUUCACUGGCAGCCCGUGGCCGGCUCCCCGCAGGGCAGCUGGGCUGCUGUGGGAAGAAGGCUGCUUCUGAGGUCCGUGCAGCUCAGCGACUCUGGAAACUAUUCCUGUUACCAGGAUGGCCGCCUGGCCGGAACCGUGCAUUUGCUGGUGGACGUGCCCCCCGAGGAGCCCCAGCUCACUUGCUUUCGAAAGAGUCCGCUCAGCAAGGUAGCCUGUGAGUGGACGCCCCGGCACCCACCCUCCCCGACCACCAGGGCCACGUUACUGGUGAGGAAGUUGCAGAGCCGCCCGCUGGGACACUCCCAGGAGCCGUGCCCCUACUCCCAGGGGCCCCGCAAGUUCUCCUGCCAGCUGGAGGUCCCGGAGGGGGACAACUCCUUGUACGUGGUGUCCCUGUGCGUCAGCAGCAGUGCUGGGACCACGUCCAGCAGCCUCUACCCGUUUAAGGGCUACGGAAUCCUGCAGCCCGACCCGCCGGCCAACGUCACCGUCACGCCUGUGGACGGAAAUCCCCGCUGGCUCCGUGUCACGUGGAGAGACCCCCCCUCCUGGAACUCCUCUUUCUACAGGCUGCAGUUCGAGCUCCGGUACCGGGCUGAGCGCUCGAAGACCUUCACCACAUGGAUGGUCCAGGAGCCCCGGCACCAGUGCACCAUCAGUGACGCCUGGAAGGGCCUGCGGCACGUGGUGCAGCUCCGGGCUCGGGAGGAGUUUGGACACGGCUCCUGGAGCACUUGGAGCCCCGAGGCCAGCGGCACCCCUUGGAUAGAGCCCAGGAGCCCUCCAGCUGAGAGCGAGGUGUCCUCCUCCACACAGGUGCUGACCACCAGCGAGGACGGUGGAAGUAAUCUCUCCGAAAAUUCUGCGAACACGACCAGCCUCCCAGUGCAAGACUCGCCUUCAGGGCCGCUGCCCACCUUCCUGGUGGCCGGAGGAAGCCUGGCCUUCGGGACGCUCCUGUGCGUCGGCGUCGUGCUGAGGUUCAGGAAGACGUGGAGGCUGCGCGCGCUGAAGGACGGCCAGGCGAGUGGGCGCCCACCACACUCGCUGGGACAGCUGGUCCCCGAGAGGCCCAAGCCCACCCCGGGGCUGGUGCCCCUCAUCUCCCCGCCGGUGUCCCCCAGCAGCCCUGGGUCCGACAGCGCCUCGAGGCACAGCCGACCGGAUGCCAGGCGCCCACAGAGCCCUUACGACGUCAGCAACAGAGACUACUUCUUCCCCGGGUAGCGGCUGCGCGGCUCCCGGCCGGCGGGGGACGAAGCCAGGCCGGCUCAUCUCAGGUGCUGGGGCCCCGCGGAAGGUGCGUCACUUCCCCCAGCGGGGUUGCUGCCUCUGCCACUUGUGCCUUUCCCCAGUGCCUGAAGGGGCUGGAGUCCACGCGGAACCCCCAGAGAAGGCAGGUCACCGUCGUGCUGGACACUUGGGGGGACGAGCUGCUGGCCACCCGUGCAGCCUGCGUCAGGACAGAUUUCCAGCCGAGACUCCCCGGCACCUGUCCAGCCCCCGCUCUCGGAGCCGCCUGCCUUCUCCGUUCUGUCUUGCCAGGCCCGAGGCCUGCUUCCCCACACGGGGGGCUUGCGCAGUAUCUCAGGGCCUGGUGGUUUGAAGCGGAAUUAGAAUAGUUCCUCACUGGCAUUUCGCUAAAUGUGAAGGGCGAGCCUCGGCCCUCACCGAAUCCAGGAGCUGGUGCUUGGGUCGAAGUCCCUCUCGGGCUCCCAGGACUCCGGAGGAGAGCAGAGAAGGAGGGGCCUGGAGACAGGCCUCCGUGGGCUCCCGGAGGUGGUACUGCCCCGAGGCGGCUGCCUGGGGACCUGCUCUGGAAGCCCUCUCCCCCGUCCUCCCCUGCUCCUGCAAGAGGAGGCCCAGCAGCAGGGGGUGUGUGGGGACAGCGGUUGCCACAGCUGCACCCCAGCUGCUGCUCUGUUCUCGGCGGAGCCCAAGAAGCAAGGAAGAUACGGUUUAUGUGAAAAGAC